CACAAAGUAUGUUUAUACACAGUUUACAAUAUUUAUAAGUCUAAUUAGUAAUUGAUUGCGAGGCCAAGGCGCGGGACGUGUUGGUAAAUUAAAUAAACAAUUAUAUUUGAGAGAUGAAACUAUUCAUAAUUUCGCUGCUGCUGGGUAUAAGCAGUGGCGGUGAGCUUCCCGAAGAGAGACCUAAGUACGACUGUGAUUACUGCCAACCUGAACAACUGCAUAUAUCGCUGGGAGAGAAAGUGAACGACAUAGUGGUGACAUGGUCGACGUUCAACGCGACGGGCGAGUCGCGCGUGCAGUUCGGCGAGGGCAUCAUGGACCGCGAGGCGCGCGGCUCCAGCCAGCUGUUCGUGGACGGCGGCAAGCUGCGUCGCGCACAGUACAUACACACCGUCACCUUGAAGGACCUUAAGUUUAACACCAGAUAUGUAUACCAUGCGGGUUCCGAGUACGGCUGGUCGGACGAGUUCUGGUUCAAAACGGUGCCGGAGGGCGACAACUGGCCCGUACGAGCUGCCAUCUACGGCGACAUGGGCAGCCAAAACGCUCAAUCGCUAUCAUACCUGCAAGACGAGGCGCAGCGCGGGAAUUUCGACCUGAUCCUACACGUGGGUGACUUCGCGUACGAUAUGGAUACAGACGACGCACGAGUGGGCGACGAGUUCAUGCGACAGAUAGAGCCCUUGGCCGCUCUCGUACCAUACAUGACCUGUCCUGGCAACCACGAGGAAGCCUACAACUUCAGCAACUACGCGUCGCGGUUCUCGAUGCCUGGGCGGGACUCCAGCCUGUUCUAUAGCUUCGACAUGGGUCCGGUGCAUUUCGUCUCCAUCUCCACAGAAGUCUACUACUUUAUAAAUUACGGAAUUAAGCUCAUCAGCAACCAGUAUGAAUGGUUGAAAGCAGACUUGGAGAAAGCCAAUCUUCCUGAGAACAGAUCGAAAAGACCAUGGAUUGUUAUGUUCGGACACAGACCAAUGUACUGCAGUGACUAUUUUGAUUUUGAUUGCAAAAGAGAACACACAAGAAUAGGCCUGCAUGGUUUAUGGGCCCUGGAGCCUUUACUGAAGGAUUACGGCGUAGACCUUGUGAUCUGGGCACACGACCACCUCUACGAGAGGACGUUCCCACUGUAUGAUAACAAAGUCUACAAUGGAUCCGCCGAACAUCCUUACGUUAAUCCUCGCGCUCCUGUUCACGUAAUAACCGGAUCGGCUGGGUGCAGGGAGGGCCACUCUCAUUUCAAACCUAACCCGGCUGAAUGGUCUGCAUUCAGGAGCAGUGACUACGGCUAUACGCGGUUUGUGGCACACAACCACACACACAUUUACAUGGAACAGGUAAACGUUGAACAAAAAGGACAAGUGAUCGAUUCGUUUUGGCUCGUCAAGGAUCAGCACAAACCUUACGAUUUCAAAUAAGUAAUAGCUCUUAUGUAUUUUGUGCUUAGUCAUCAAUAAAAACAUUUAACUAUUAA